AUGGCGUCUCCCGUCAACCCUGGAAAGACCAUGUCGUCAAGACUACUCACCAUGAAGUUUAUGCAACGCGCUGCAGCUUCUCCGACAUCCUUAUCAAAUUCCGCCACUACAACUCCAGACUCGCAUCGCUCCAAACGCCUACGAUAUAGCGGGGGGGCUCCUACAGUAACUAAUAGCCCCUCUUCUCAUUCUGAUGCCAUAAACGCCGCGCUAGCUAUCGAGGAAGAGAAGCGGGCCAAAGCAGCCGAGCUCGAGGCAGAGCGAGCCGGCGAGACCCGAUGGGUCUUCAGUUUUCAGGAUCCAUCUGCCGGAAAAGGCACAGAAACUGACGGGGCGCUUCGCGUCGUCACAGGUGGCUAUGCAGACAUCGACGAUUCAGACGACGAACCCAUGGGACGCUUCAGCUUCGGAAAAAGGCAAAGCAAGGCCGACAGCGAUACUGAGAAGGAAGAAUCAGGCGAAGAGGGCGAAGAUGCUAUCAAAGAAGAAGAUAACAAGGAUGACCACGAUGAUGAUUAUGAUGACGAUGACGACACUGGUAAUGAAGAUGCUGACCCUGCAGCUACUAUGAUCAAGGAGGAGCGCAAGAAGGCACUUGAAGAAGCGCGACUGAAGCUGAAGCAGAGACGGAAGGACAAAGAUAAAAAGAUGGCAAGAGCCGGCGCUGAUCGACGCAAAAAAUCAGUGAAGCUUAAUGUCCCAAAACGUGUUCUAGCAAACGGGGAUCGACACGAAAAACUAACGGAAGUAAGACGUGAUGGUCUGUCCAAGGCUGUGAGAGACAUGUCGGAUGUGGUCUGCCAUAGAUGCAAGAAGCCUGGGCAUAUGAAAGCCGAGUGUCCUCUCUCCAAGAGAAUGAACGGCUUUGGCGGCGGCGGGGGCCUAAAAUUGGAAUACUGA